AUGGCGGCGGCGGCGGCGGCGGCUGCGCCUCGCUCACACGCUCCGCCGGGAAACAAGGGCCCGGCCGCCCCGCUGCUCCGGCCGCCGGGCCGGGAAGCUCCGUUUGCCCCCGGGCUGGGACCCGAUCCUCCGAGGGGCCUGGCCAGCAAGGGGCGCUCGGGGCCUGCCUCCCGCCAGGGAGCGGCCCUUCCGGGCGGGCCGGAGCACGCGGGGCGCCCGGCUGGAUCUGGCCGGUUUCCCGGGCAGGCCCCUUUCCACGCGCGCGGGGCGGGGCGGGGCGGGGCGGGGCGGCUCGCUAAGAUGGCGCUGCCCAGCGGGCUCCGGCGCUGCCCUGGGCCGCUCCGCGCCUUCUCCGUUCACCUCCUGGCGGCGACUGCCAGACCCGGCCGGGCCGAGCUGGAGCCGCGGGGCCCGGCUGCCCUGACCGGCGCCCGCCCCCCCGCGCGCUUCUGCGCCAGCGACGAGCCGAGCCGGCGGCGGGGUUCGCCGGGGGCGGGCGGCGGCCGGAGCGUGGUGGUGCUGGGGAUCCCCAACCCCUUCAUCUGGGUCCGCACCAGACUCUACUGCUUCCUCAUCCGGGCCUACUUCGACCGGGAGUUCAGCGUCGAGGAGUUCACCCAGGGGGCCAAGCAGGCCUUUGCUCUUGUUUCAAAGCUGCUUUCUCAAUGUAAACUUGAUCAGAUGGAGGAAUUUGUAUCAAAAGAGGUACUUCAGAUGUUGGAGGAGAAGCUUUCUUCAUUGUCUGAAAACCACAGGAAUGCCCUGACUGCUGACAUGGAUGAAAUAAUGUAUACAACACCAGGAGAUGUUGGUAUUUACUACGAUGACAAUGGAAGAAAGUUUGUUAGUAUCCUGAUGCGCUUCUGGUAUCUAACUAGCGCUGACCUCCCUGAUGAGGCCCCAGAUGGAACCAAAGUUUUCCAGAUUGUAUUUGGAGAUGAAACUGUGAAAGAAACUAAACGUCUUCUAACAGCAAACUAUGAGUUCCGAAGGGAAUUUACACAAGGAGUGAAGGCAGACUGGACUAUUACACGGAUUGAGCAUCCAAAGCUAUUAGAAUAAAUUUCUUGUACAAUGACUUUUAUGGACCCUUAUAAAUCCUCUGGCAUACCAAGUGUCAAGCUUUUUUAUUCUCCCCGCAACGAUCUCUUUUAAGGAUUAAUUUUAUAUUUUUUAAUUCCCAAAAUACUUUUGAAUUAACCUAGACAGGAUUUCUCUGAAAGCAUAACAAUAAAGCCUUUUCUGCGAGUCUCUGAAGCUACGAAAUACAAAUUUAAUUUGUAAUAGUUAUCAGAGACAUUUGCAUAGUAAUUGGGUUACAGGUCAGAGUUACAGACAUAUUGAUCUGUUACAUUCUCAGAAGAAAUCUUGGUUCUAAUAGGAUACAAUAUGUAUAAAACAAAAGAUGCAGUCGUAACUGGCAACCCUUCUGAAUAAUACCACUUAAUUUAUUAUGGGUAUUUUCUCAAAGAUAUAAUGUACAGUAGUUAAAACAGAAUGUUUGAAGGAGGUGGGUACAGUUAUAUACACUUCCUAGCUAGUUUGAUGAUAGCAAUAUAUUUGUGUAAUUCCACUCUUGAAUUAAUGAAUUGGAAGUCAAGAAAAUUAAAACUAGAUUCUAAAAAGUGUACAUUCUGGACUCCAGUCUAAGCUGUCACAGACAUAGAGCAUUCUACUAUGAAAGUGAUACAGAAAAAUUAUUUUGGUAUUCUGAUUAAGUAACAGAAGUGACAAAAUUCCUUCAGACUGAAGAACCUGGACAGUUUCAAAUUUGGGUAUUUGGAACAAAACUUAAUCCAAAACAUGAAACUAAAGUUGAAGUUGGGGCACUGUGUCAAAUCAAGCCCUGGCAAGCUGGAAGGCUUGCCAUCAAAAUAAACAAAAAUAAUUAAAAACAUUGGGGCACUGUGAACCAGAAGUUCUUGAAUUUCACUCCCAACUCUGCCACAGAUUUGCAUUGUAGCUUUGUUAUAAUCUGCCUUUAAUAUCUCUGGGCCAAAUUCAACCCUGCUCUAAGUAGCUGUAACUUUCAUGGAGUUCAGUAGGAAUUCCUGGCAGGAGCAUCUGACUUCCUCUGUAAAAGGAGGGGCACUAUUAAUCUACCUCACAAGAGCUGUUAUGAGGAUUAACUCAGGAUACAGCAUUUUGAAGGUGUUAAGUGCCAAGUAUUAUUACUGUACGCAAUGUUGUUGUAGCCAUGUCUGUCCCAGGAUAGGAGAAAGACAAGGUGGCUGAGGUAAUAUCCUUUAUUGGACCAACUUCUCUUGGUGAGAGAGACAAGCUAUGAAGCUUAGACAGAGCUCUUCAUCUCUAUAGCUCUGUAACCUUGAAAUUUUGUGUCUCUCACCAAGAGAAGUCAGUCCAAUAAAAGAUAUUGCCUCACCCACCUUGUGUUUCAAGUAUUCUUACUGUGUGAGUCAUAGGCGUUGGAGUUAGAGCAUCACAACAAUUGUAACAUGCGUCUUCCUCAGUCAAUCUGGGGUUAUAAAAAGGAUUCAUGGCAAUAACACAUAGUUAGGAUUCAUCAACAAGCUGUUUUAACAUUCUGGGAGACUAAAUGAGAGCAAAAUACUUUGGUUGUCAGCCACCAGUUUUUGUACUUGAGAAUUCCUGUUGUCUCAACUCUUGAACAAUGUUGACCGAUAACAGCACUUCCCUGUCUUAACGGGAGAAGACCUGAGAUUCUGUAUUUAAAUAUAUAUAGUCAACUUUUAUAACUUGGGUUUGAGAAACUUUGAGGCAGAUUAAAAACUGUUCAUGGCCCUUUA